AUGGUGGCUUCUCCCCUGGCCCGACCAUUUCCCACGUGUUUUAUACCCGUUUGGGCGUAUUACAGCGCCAUUAUUAAUCGUAUUAAUUCAUACAGGACCUACAUAAUCGUGGCACCUCGUCUGGCCAGACCAUCCACUGUAUACCGGCUGGUGGUGGGCAUCCUCUCAGGGGAUGCUGCUGUAGAUGUCACCGCUCACUUGAUCUCACCAGAUGCCAGUUUGGACCCUGCACGUGCCACCAUCACCCCGGGGGAGAUAGAUGACCUUCUCAUCCAGGUGCCUCAUUCCAGUGGAAUAAGAACUUACACACUACUGGUGGAGGGCCACCGAGGUCACAACCUGGUGUUCCGUAACACCACCCUGGUUCAAGCCACACCCACCUUCCUCACCAUCCUCAUACACCUCUCCAGAGUUUGUUUCACCGGUGACCAGGAGGUGGGAAUACGGAUCAUUCUGCUGACGACAGAUCUCAAGCCUUAUGACGAACCCAUAGAUGUCUUCAUUCUGGAUCCUCAGGAUAAUGUUGUCAAGCGCUGGGUCUCGCGAGCACCACACGCAGGUGUGGUGACUGUAGCUUACCAGACCCCAGAGUUGCCUGAGGCUGGGUGGUGGUGGGUGAAGGUGAGCGCUGAAGGACAGGUUGAGACAAAAAGGUUCAUGGUUCACAAGAUAUAUGAGCCACUCUUCGAGGUGCAAGUCGAGAUGCCAUACUACGCAAUGGAUGACGAGGAGGAGAUCACAGGCUUAGUGACAGGGAGCUACUCGACAGACAAGCCUAUAUAUGGCAAUGCCACCCUAACACUAUAUGUCAAGCGCCCGUGGACACUGCCGGACACAGAGUUCAAGGAAGUCUCCGACUUAUACUUAGACUAUGUGGAUGGUGAAGCAGAUUUUGCCUUCCCAAUGGAGUCACUGCUGGAACACGUGGAAGAGCUGGAUGGUGCUGAAGUCAUGGUGGAUGUCGAAUUCUAUGAUGUCUUCACCUGGAUCAGGGGGACAGGGCACUCUAGAACACGGAUCAUCAGCAACCACAUUGAGGUGGCAGUGGUAGGCACCUCCCCCUUCAUCUUUCGUCCAGGCAUGCCCUUCAGUGCUGCGGUAUCGGUGAGGCACAGUGACAGAGUACCAGUGGAAGCGUCACGUCUGGCUGGUUCAACUUUGGUCAUCACCUCCACCGUCACCUCCAACACUGGCUCCACCUUCACCCUUCCACAGAUUGUCAUCUCACCUCAGUCGAUGGAUGGGAAGCUACAAGAUGAGACGCUGGAGGUCUUGAGAGAGGCUCAAAAAGCCAGUGAACUGGCUUACCAAGUGGGUCUACAGGACGAGGACGAGACGUGGAUGAACGAAGUGACCCUGGCAGAGAGAGAGUUGCAAGACUUGAUGGACGACUAUACCAGAGAGCAGUACUUUACUGAGUACCGUGAGACUGGCAUCUACAGGUGGGUACUGCUCUUCUUUUUAGUAGAUUUCUACCUGACAGGUUUUGAUUUAGACAUCCCCAAGGAGCGCAAUCUCCAUCUGGAUGUUACCUACAGUGAUGAGGGACACAGUCCUCGCUCGCUAUGCCAUGCUCAUUUCCACCCAGAAAAAAGAUAUAUCCAGGUGACUUCCAGCACAGAUGAGGCCAAGGUGGGCGAGUUUGCGAUCUUCCACAUCCGUAGCAACUUUCCAGUGCAGCAGUUUGUCUACAUGAUCAUUUCCAAAGGAGUGCUGAUAUAUUCAGCAAAGGAGGUGAAUCAUGGUGACGAUGUGGUGACGAUAAACAUUGCAGUAGCAUCCACUAUGGCCCCAAGGUUCACCAUUCUUGUCUAUGUCACCACACAUGCCGGGGAGGUUCUUGCUGAUGCCCUCUCACUACCUGUCAGAAUUUUUGAUAAUAUGGAGGUGCGACUCUCAAUGAACCAGCACAAGGACCAUGCCAAGAAGACAGUAGAAAUAGUGGUGGGAGCUCCUCCAGGAUCUUUUUAUGCGAUUGUCUGUGAACGCAGCAUCAACUACUUCAGGCAACACCCAAACGCUCUCACCCACACUCGUAUCAUUGAUAACCUAGGGAAGAUGGAGCCAUUGCCCAGGACCCUACAUGGGGUGCUGCACCGGUCCCGUGAAGGAGAAUUCAGCGACCGGCUGGUGUCCUUGCCGGCCCACAGCUAUGCCAGCGACGUUCUCGCUACCUUCCAGGAUGCUGCACUCAUACUUCUCACUGAUGCUCCCAUCUCCCUCUCCCCUGGCAGAGAUAAACCUUGUGACAUCAGCCGGGGCUAUUUGGAAUGUGGCGAUGGCACCUGCUUCCUCCACGAUCAUCUGUGUGAUGGCAGGAACCACUGUAGCAAUGCCUUUGAUGAACUGGGAUGUGAGAGGCUAUACAAUGAUUUCCCACUCCAACAUGAUGAACAGACUGAUUCACUGGAGUUAAGCUCGGAUACGCUUUUUCGGCUGUUCCGAACUCACUUUAUUAUGGACAUGUUUGACGUUGAUGACCUGGGUUGGUGUAACGCUGAGCUCUGGAUUGGUCACCGUGGCCAGGAAGAGCUGCAGCGAGAAAUAGCGAAGACUGCAGAUCUGUGGGUGAUAGAGGGGUAUGCCAUUCACCCUGAGCAUGGUUUCUCCUUCACCAAGCAACCCAUAUUUUUUACAGGUGACCCACCUUUCUACAUAUUAGUUGAAGGCCCCUCUGUAUGUCGCAGGGGUGAACAGAUCUCAAUACGAGUGCUUCUCUACAACAUGCUGAGUACGACCAUUCAGGCGGUGCUCCUCCUCCACGACAGUGAUGACUACAUGUUUGUCCACGUUGAGAAAGAUGGUGAUGUACAGCAUUUUCAUCCCAGACUGUCUCGUGGCGAGCACCAACACCUCCUCUUUAUCCCUGGCGAGGGGCUGCAGGAAGUGGUCCUGCCUCUCGCUGUUAUACGUCAGUCAGGAAUGAUGGAAGUGACGGUGGAAGCUGUCUCUCAGUUUCGCAGGGACACCGAGGUCAUGGAAAUAGAGGUUAAGCCUGAGGGUGUGCCAGUGAGGAAGCACACAUCAAUGCUGCUGGACUUGAGAAACCGUGCCCUAGUGUAUGAUUUUCUAGAUGUUGCUGUUGACGAGAGCCCAAUCAUCCCUCUCAGUAUUAUUAGACGGUUCUUAUAUGGCUCCCCAGCUGCCAGGAUCUCUAUAGCAGGUGAUGUGUUUGGACCAACAUUGGAAGGCUCUCUGUGGAGCACUCCCCAGGUAUUUGGUGCAGAAUACUUCAGGGCACUGACGGUGUGGCCCUUUAACUUCGGAGCAAAACUCUGGACCCUUCACUACCUCAGACUCACAAACCAGCUGGUUGUGUCAGAAGCACUGGAGGCUUUCGACUACCUUGCUGUCCAGCUGGCUGGGUUGCUAUGGCGCACUUCCAACGGUGGCUUCAGCAUGUGGCGAUUCACUCCCCCGAGUGUAUGGCUAACAGCAAAGGUUAUCAACAUUCUUCUGGCAGCACAGCACGAAGACUGGGAAAACUUAUUAUACAUAGAUCCAAAACUCAUUCAGAAAGCUGUGAAGUUCCUGCUGAAGUAUCAGAAACCUGAUGGCAGCUUCAGAGAGGAAGGAGAAAUAACCCUGGACAGUAAGAUGAAGAAAACCCAGAAGGCAUCAUCUGUACCUCUGACAGCUCUGGUGACUAUUGUUAUCCACAACAGCCUAAGUUCUCUACAAGGAACAACUCGAACAAAUGCCGUUGAUGCUCGUUCACGAGCCAUAAGCUUUCUUGAGUCUCAUCUAAUGUAUUUAGACGAUUGCUACCACGUUGCAAUAAGCGCUUAUGCCCUCACAUUAAUGGGGAGUCCUAUAGCAGAAACUGCUGCAGUUAUGUUGAACAAGAAGAAGAAGUCUUUAGGUACGUAUGAGAUGCUGUGUAUUACUGGUAAAUGUCGCAUAAAAUUUUAGUAACACAGUUGUAAAUAAUUCAUGGAACUGGUGGGAUUUGAACCCGUGGAAAACCAGUCCUAAAAGUAGCAGGCCAGUGUGCUAACCACUAUACCAUACCAAUCUAUGUGAGUUAUCUAAUUAUAUCUCUUUACUCCUAGAAUGGUUUUUAUGGGCCCCAGUGGGACCCCAGCACAGCUGUUUACAGACAAAUUUCACACCAAAAUAUUGGCAUGAAAAUUUACAUAGUAGUCAAAGUGGAGCCGAUGCUAGCUAUCCUAGGAGUAUAGAAAUACAUGUAUGUCUAGUUGGAUGAAUCACAUAGACUGGUAUGGUGCAGCUAGUUGUAGGACUGACUCCCCGUGAGUUCAAAUUCCACUUGUUUCCCGUGUUAUUAAAUGCCACAUUGCAUUUAGAGGUUAAUUUACUAUCAAC